AAAACUCAGUCUUGCUUCUCAACUCUCUUUAGGAAACUGUAGCAUCAGUAUAGGCGUAUAGGAUACACCCUUAUGCUGAAUAGGAUUUUGAACAAAGGACUCCGGAGGAGACACUAUUUUAGACAGAGUACACUGGACUACUACAGAGAGCGAUUUGUGAACUAAAGCAGUAGUCUGGAGGUGGAGAGCUACAAGUUACAGACAUGCCGUUCUCCCGUAGCUUCCUGUCCGAGGAGCAGUUCCAGUGCUCCAUCUGCCUGGACGUCUUCGACAACCCUGUGUCCACGCCCUGCGGCCACAGCUUCUGCAUGGCCUGCAUCGGCCACUACUGGGAGGGUCGCAAGCUGUGCCAGUGCCCCCUCUGCAAGGAGGCCUUCCGCAAGAAGCCCCAGCUGCACAUCAACCGCACGCUGCGCGAGAUCACCGAGCAGUUCAAGCGAAUGACCAACAACACGGAGGGCGCGAGCGCGAGCCAGGACAAAGAGGGUGGUUCCAGAGGAGAGGAAAGCCACAACAAACCCGAGGAGGUGGGGGAACUUUUCACGCAGGUGAAAAGAAAGCUUUCCAAAAAUUCUCGUGGUGAGGACAGUGCCAAAAGUGCCAUGUCGACAACGCUGCCUUCAGAUGGCUCCCAGGUGGCUGCUGAUCCCUCUUCCUCACCCAUCACACGGGCUGUGUCCUACCGGAGGUACACCAUGAGUGGGGCAGCAAACACUCACAGGGGGGCACUCUGCCCCAAACACCACCAGCAGCUGGAGAUGUUCUGCAGGACUGACCAGCAGUGCAUCUGUGUGGAGUGUGCAGAGCAGGAGCACCAGUCACACAGCAUUGUCUCUGCAGAGCACCAGUGGCAGGAGAGCAAGGCACAAAUAAACAUCACAGAACUAGAGAUCCAAGAGAUGAUCAGAGAACGGCUGAGGAAGGUGGAGGAGAUCAAAUUAUCCCUGGUAAACAUCAAGAUGUGUGCGGAGCGGGAGACCCAGGGGAGCGUGCGCGUGUUCUCGGCCCUGGCGGAGGCCAUCGAGCGGAGCCAGGCCGAGCUGCUGGAGGUGAUCGAGAUGAACCGGCGCUCGGCGGAACACCAGGCGGAGGGCAUGAUCCGGGAGCUGGAGCAGGAGGUGCUGGCCCUGAGGAAGAGGAGCAGCACUCUGGGGAACCUGCUCCAGGCAGAGGACCACGUCAGCUGCCUCAAGAGUUACUUCUCAGUUCUCUCCACUCCUCCGGCCGUGAAGGAUUGGUCUGACAUAUCUGCGUCCUCAGACCUAGGGACCAGGAGAGUGUACCAGAGUGUUUGUCAUUUACUGGAGCGCUUCCAAGAAGAGCUGCAGAAGCUUCCAGAAGUAGGUACUCAAAAUCAAGCGGAAUCCUCGUUGAUGAAGUCCCAACCUAAACAGAAGCGGAUACAAGAUUAUGCAGUGGACAUCACUCUGGACCCGGCCACCGCUCACCCCCGGCUCAUCCUCUCCGAAGACCGGAAGAUGGUGAAGUGUGGCGACAAGCACCAGCCACUCCCGGAUAACCCAGAGCGCUUCGACCGCGUGGUGUGCGUGCUGGGCCAGGAGGCCUUGGGGUCGGGACGUCACUACUGGGAGGUGGAGGUGGGGAGCAAGACCGACUGGGACAUCGGUGUGGCCAGCCACUCCAUCAACAGGAAGGGCAAGAUCACGGUGAACCCCGGCAACGGCUACUGGUUCCUCAGCCUCCGCGACAAGACCAACUACGCCUUCCGCACCGAACCCUCCACCAGCGUGCCCGUCAACUCGCAGCCACAGAAGAUCGGCGUGUUUGUGGACUACGAGAAGGGGCAGGUGUCUUUUUACGACGUGGAGGGGAAGGUCCACAUCUUCACCUUCCUGGACACCUUCAGUGGAAUGAUUUAUCCUUUCUUUAGCCCCUGCACCAAUAAAUCAGGAAAGAAUGAAGCACCUCUGAUCAUCUCCACCAUUCUGUUGGACUAGAAGUGGCAAGAAGUCUGUGCAUUACAGUGGGACUCGCCUGCAAAGUGGUAGGAGGGCCCUGGGCAAGUAUGCAUUAGAUUAGAAAGGCAGGGACCUGGGAGCAGGGGCGCUGCCAGAAAUGUUGGGCCCCAUGAAAGAUUUGUAUUUUUUUGAGCCACCUUAAGGGCCCCUGUCAGUGCUUGGGCCCUUAGAAUGUGUAACACCUUUCCCCCCCUAGCGGCACCCAUGCCCGGGAGUGACGUGGCACAUAGGGCUAAGGCGCCAUUCCAGAAAUCCAGGGAAACAUGUGUUUCAGUCCAAUCCGAUCCUUCUUCUCUCUCACACACCUGCUGAAUAAAGGCAUAAAAGCCCUAAAAUAUCAGGCUAAUAAAGACAGACGGGACCCCACAAAGACUGCUUAUAAUGCUUAGUGUUAUGGACCACCUGUUGUAGGGAAAUCAAGAAAUGAUUUAGCUAAAAAGGAAUAGGCAUAUAUAACUCGUUUGGUCUCAGUGAAAUGUGUAAUUAAUUGAUUUAUUUUUUUCUGUGGGACUAAAAGAGGGUAGUCUGUUGGGCUGACUACCUUAAGCCCUAGAGGCAGGUUAGACACAUUAGAGUAUAUAUGAAGUGAUGAAAUGAUGUUUAGCUAAUAAUGUAUAAUCAUUUGUUCUUAUUGAAAUGUGUACGUUCUGUCUUUACAAAGGUUUUGAAGAAAUGAAAGGCACACUUCGUCUUCAUUAGAAAGCUUUUUAAUGAAGACGAAGAUUGCCUUGGAUUUCUUCAAAACAUCUCAGAGUUACGUUUGACCAAAGAGCACCUUCGCACUACCAAACAGAACGCCGAAGCCCUCUGACCUACAUCUUCUGGUGUAAAUUUGUCUUUCCUUUCCCAUGUUUGAUAACCGCAAAUGUUACAAUUUGUAAUUUCUUUCAUACAGUAUGUCUUCUAGUAAACAAUUUGUGAAAAGACACCAUAAAAGGCACCUGUUUUAAGUGUGAUAACGCAAGGUUUGGCAUGGGUACUUAUGGAUUAGUUUAGAAAGUUAGGGACAAAGAUGGCUUAGGGCAGCAUGGGUAAGCGGUUACGGCUUUAGACUUGUAGCCCAAAGGUUGCCGGUUCAACUCCCCACCCGCCAGGUUGGUGGGGGGAGUAAUUAACCAGUGCUCUUCUCCAUCCUUCUCCAUGACUGAGGUACCCUGAGCAUGGCACCGUCCCGCUGCACUGCUCCCUUGGGGCGCCAAUGGGGGCUGCCCCCUUGCACGGGUGAGGCAUAAAUGCAAUUGCGUUGUGU